AUGCAUCCUACCGAAUUCCACGGCGGCCCUAGUCCAACCGUUGCCGAAGAAUGGAUCAAAUCCCUCGAAGUUAUUUUCGAGUACAUGGUGAUGAACGACAACGACCGAAUCCAUUGUGCACUAUUCUUGUUGAAAAACGAAGCCCGAAAUUGGUGGGAAGGCGCAAAGAGUGGAAUCGAUCUAGCAAAUACCACUUGGGAAGCUUUCAAAGUUCUUUUCUUCGAAAAGUACUUUUCCAAGAAUGUUCGAGCACAAAAGCUUAAGGAGUUUCUCGAACUCAAACAAGGAAACCUAACCGUUGCCGAAUUCACACGCCGUUUCGAGCAAGGAAGCCUCUACGCACCUUUCAUAUCCAAAGACGACACCGAAAAGAUGAAUCACUACCUAAGAGGCCUCAACCCGAUAAUCAAGCGCGACGUUCGACUAACCUCUGCCUCUACUUUCCGCGGAGUAGUGGACAAAGCCUUGGAAGCCGAACAAGACGAGAUGGAAAUACGACAAUGGAGACCUCCUCACGAUGCCUCUUCUCGACCAUGGAAGAAACCGAACCUCAACAACGCCAAGGGAAAGCAACCGAUCAACCGAGCAACCGUGACCCCGAGCAACAAACCCUUUUGCCCCAAAUGCAAUCGAGCGCACUCAGGCGAUUGUAUUGCCGGAACCGACCAUUGUUUUCGAUGCAAGAAGCCCGGACACAUGGUCCGAGACUGCCCUAUCGCCCCGAGACAAGUGCCGGGACGAGUAUUCGCCAUGACAAGAGACCAAGCCGAAGCUGACCCCUCAAUGAUCGCAGGUACCGUUAAUGUGUAUAAUAAUUCCGUGUAUGCCCUCAUCGACUCCGGAUCAACUCACUCAUUCAUCUCAAGUACCCUCGUUGCCGAACUCCGCCUAGUCCGUAGCCAAGCCGAUGCCUUGUUUAGCAUACUUAUUCCUUCCGGUGAUGAACUUAAAUUCAAUUUCAUCAUCAAAGAUUGCCCUAUUCAGAUUCGUAACCAAACCCUAGCCUCCGAUCUGAUCAUUCUACCCAUUAAACAUUUAGAAAUAAUCCUCGGAAUGGAUUGGUUAUCAAAAUUCGACGCCCAAAUCAAUUGCGCCCACAAAACCGUUCGUUUCUCCUUACCGAAUGGCAAUUUUCUCGAAUUCCGAAGCUCGUACAAUCCGUCGAUUCCUAUCAUUUCCGCCAUCAAAGCGAGCAAACUUAUUCAAAAAGGACAUCUAUGUCAUUUGGUCGACAUAGUGGAAACUCUCAACGAAGAUAAAGCCGAUAUUUCCAAAGUGCCAACCGUUUGUGAUUUUCCCGAUGUCUUUCCCGAAGAUCUCCCCGGUCUUCCGCCCGAUCGUGAAAUCAAAUUCGAAAUUAAUUUGAUUCCCGGUUCCGCUCCUAUCUCGAAGGCACCUUAUCGCAUGGUGCCGCUAGAGCUAAAGGAACUCAAGGACCAAAUUCAAGAUCUUAUCGACAAGAAGUUCAUCCGCCCUAGUUUUUCCCCAUGGGGUGCUCCGGUACUCUUCGUGAAAAAGAAAGAUGGAACUCUCCGAAUGUGUAUCGACUACCGAGAACUCAACAAGGUCACCGUCAAAAACAAGUAUCCAUUGCCACGAAUUGACGACCUUUUCGAUCAACUUCAAGGCUCCACGGUCUAUUCCAAAAUCGACCUUCGUUCCGGAUGUCAUCAAUUGAAGAUCAAGAAGGAAGAUAUUCCGAAAACCGCGUUUCGGACUCGCUACGGCCAUUACGAAUUUGUAGUGAUGUCGUUUGGUCUAACCAACGCCCCAGCCGCUUUCAUGGAUCUCAUGAAUCGAGUUUUUCGCAAAUACCUCGAUCAAUUUGUGAUCGUAUUCAUCGACGAUAUCUUGGUGUAUUCAAGAAAUGAUGAAGAACACCAGAAUCAUUUGGAAAUGGUGCUCCAAACUCUCCGAGAGAACCAACUCUAUGCGAAGUUUUCCAAAUGUGAGUUUUGGUUAAGACAAGUCCACUUUCUUGGUCACGUAAUUUCCAAGGAAGGCAUAGCCGUCGAUCCAAGCAAAAUUGAAGCCGUUUGUAACUGGUCAAUUCCUCGUAAUGUCGGAGAAAUCCGAAGUUUCCUCGGCCUCGCAGGCUACUACCGACGGUUCGUUCCGAACUUUUCCAAGAUAGCCGCUCCACUCUCUCGUUUGACCCGAAAGGAAGUCAAGUAUCAAUGGACUCCCGAAUGCGAGUCUAGUUUCCAAUAA